UGGCAACCACCCAAGUAAAGGGAUUUGCUAGGACCAAAAAACUUCCAAGUUCGUUGUUAGAAAAUUCAACUGACACUGCGGUUCGGUGUGGGCCUUGGGGGCUAUUUAGAGAUUGUGACGACAAAAAUACCAAGACCAGAAUUCGGCUUUGUAAGUACCGGCGAGGAGAAGCACCUGAUCUUUCUAACAAAAGAGCUGAUUUGACUGAAUCUGACUGGGAAAGGAUGGAGAAUUUUUUUAAAACUACGGGGCCAAAAGAUACCGAAGAAUAUGUUCACCAGCCUGAUAUACAAACUAUACCCUGCGAUUACGUUGAACAUUCUGCUCCCUCACAUGGCACCGGUUCACAUUAUGGAGAACUACCAAGGUUAAAUGUAAGUUCCAGGGAAUUCGAUCCUGAUCGAUCUAAUUCACAUAAAAACUCCCAUAAUGGUCACCAGGAUUCAACAGCCGAUUUUAAAAUUGAUCACAAAAUUGAGGAGAUCCACGAUAUAAAUGGUAUUGAUGGAUAUAAAUCAACUGAUAAAAAGAUUGAAUCACCUAAAGUUCCGACUGUUGACACCACCUAUUCCAGCUUAUCCAAAAAUCGUAAUAAAGACGAUAAAAAACGUAAUAACGGAGGAAAAAAACGCAAAAAUGACGAUAAACGUAAUAAAGAAGAUAAAAAACGUAAAAGAGGAGAAAGAAGGCGUAAAAAUGAAGAGAAACUCAUAUCCCAGAAAGAUGCAGAAGAACUAGCUAGAAUUCGUUUGGAGUCUGAACUUGCUACACUCAAAUCUAAAAAAGAUGCAGAAGAACUUGAAAAAAUCAAAUUGCAAUCUGAACUUGCUACAAUCAAAUCUAAGAAAGAUGCAGAAGAACUUGAAAAAAUCAAAUUACAGGAACAACUUGAUACAAUCAAAUCUAAGAAAGAUGCAGAAGACCUUGAGAAAAUCAAAUUACAAUCUGAACUUGCUACACUAAAGGCCCAAAAAGAAUCAGAAGAACUAUCUAGAAUUCGUUUGGAAUCUGAACUUGCUACACUCAAGGCCCAAAAAGAAUCAGAAGAACUUGAGAAAAUCAAAUUACAAUCUGAACUUGCUACACUCAAAUCUCAAAAAGAAUCAGAAGAACUAUCUAGAAUUCGUUUGGAAUCUGAACUUGAUACACUCAAGGCCCAGAAAGAAUCAGAAGAACAGGCUAGAAUCAGAUUACAGGAAGAGCAGAAUAGAAUCAUAUCAGAAAACCAAAUGGCCUUAGAAGAACAAAAAAGGGAGUUUGAUGCUGAGCUCGAACGCCAAAAUUCAGAAUUGCAAAAACAACUAGAACAAAUCCGUAUAGAUCUGGAACAUUCUGAUAGGGAAAGACGUUUGUUAGAGAAAGAACUUUCCGACCAACUCCAAAUUCAGAAGGAAAAUGAUCCUGAUAAAAUUCUUGAACUAGAACGAGCGCGCCUUCGUGAUGAAUGGAAUAGAGAACAAGAAACAAUAAAAAGAAAAUGGGAAGAGAGUCAAGAACAUCUUCGUAAAGAGAUGAUCAGGAUGCAAAAAGAAUUAGAAGAGCAGGAUAGAAUCAAGGCCCAAAAAGAAUCAGAAGAACUUGAGAAAAUCAAAUUACAAUCUGAACUUGCUACACUCAAAUCUCAAAAAGAAUCAGAAGAACUAUCUAGAAUUCGUUUGGAAUCUGAACUUGAUACACUCAAGGCCCAGAAAGAAUCAGAAGAACAGGCUAGAAUCAGAUUACAGGAAGAGCAGAAUAGAAUCAUAUCAGAAAACCAAAUGGCCUUAGAAGAACAAAAAAGGGAGUUUGAUGCUGAGCUCGAACGCCAAAAUUCAGAAUUGCAAAAACAACUAGAACAAAUCCGUAUAGAUCUGGAACAUUCUGAUAGGGAAAGACGUUUGUUAGAGAAAGAACUUUCCGACCAACUCCAAAUUCAGAAGGAAAAUGAUCCUGAUAAAAUUCUUGAACUAGAACGAGCGCGCCUUCGUGAUGAAUGGAAUAGAGAACAAGAAACAAUAAAAAGAAAAUGGGAAGAGAGUCAAGAACAUCUUCGUAAAGAGAUGAUCAGGAUGCAAAAAGAAUUAGAAGAGCAGGAUAGAAUCAAGGCCCAAAAAGAAUCAGACGAACUUGAGAAAAUCAAAUUACAGGAACAACUUGAUACACUCAAAUCUAAAAAAGAAUCAGAAGAACUAGCUAGAAUUCGUUUGGAAUCUGAACUUGAUACACUCAAGGCCCAGAAAGAAUCAGAAGAACAGGCUAGAAUCAGAUUACAGGAAGAGCAGAAUAGAAUCAUAUCAGAAAACCAAAUGGCCUUAGAAGAACAAAAAAGGGAGUUUGAUGCUGAGCUCGAACGCCAAAAUUCAGAAUUGCAAAAACAACUAGAACAAAUCCGUAUAGAUCUGGAACAUUCUGAUAGGGAAAGACGUUUGUUAGAGAAAGAACUUUCCGAACAACUCCAAAUUCAACAAGAAAAUGUGGAGCGGAACAGUUCUACGGACCAGACCGGAAAAAAUGAGUUACCUUUGAUUCCAGCAUCUGCUGGGGGACUAAAAUCUGAGAUUUCUCAAAGUGAUGUGGAAAUCAAGCCUCCUUUCGGUGGGCACGAUUUCCCGGAAUCAGGUUUAUCUCCAAUGAAAGGAGAUGAUUCUUCCAUUGAAUUUAAUAUUCCUCCUAAGGAUUCCGUUUCAGUUUCAGACUCGGACUAUAACAAAUCAAUGAACAAUCUCCAUUUACCACAUCCAAAGUUAGAUUUGAAAGCUCAUAAUACAUCAACUCAUCAUCCUGAAAGUACUGAAAACACACCAACUCAUCAUGAUGAAAAGGUUAAUAAAGUGGAAACCAGCACUGCCAAGGGUGGUGAGGAUAUUUCAAGCGAUGAUCAGUUGGCACAUGGUUCUAAAGAGUCAAAUAUUGAUAAUAUUAAAUCAAGUACUAGACUUUCAGAGGUGUCAAGGGUUCCUACUUUAUUACCACCCGGUGGACCUUUGGUUCCCGAGCCUGAAGAAUCUGCGGGUAAAAUGUCUGAAAGUAUGAAAAAUUCUGGUUCAGCGGAAGUUUUAGACUCUGAAUCACACAAUACCAGUCAUACGCCCAACACUCAUAAUACUAUGAAUACCAGUCACAGGAUCGAAUUACCUGAUUCCACUCAUGAAGAAGAUACUGAUACUUAUGAUGAUGAGGAAGAAUUUAGUGAUGAUGAUGAAGAAUUUAGUGACGGCAAUGAUACUGGUCAAGCGGUUAAAUUACCUGAUUCCACUCAUGAAAAUGAAGGAAAUACUAGUGAUGACACUGAGGACGCGAAAAGAUAUGAGAACAGUGAAGAAUUAGAUAGUAGAGUAUCCUCAAGACCGGUCCAUCCCCAUGAAGUUGCGGCGCAAUCUCCUGAAUUUAAACCUACUAAACAACACGAUUCUGACGAACCAGAAGCACAUGGUGAUGUGGAUGGAGCAGACCAUAGUGAUAAUUUAGAUGAUUUAGACGAUACUGACACUGAUGAUACGGAUGAACCAGAGAAUAAUGAUAUGGAUGAACCAGAGACUACUGAUGGUGUGGAUAAAUUUGAUCAGGAAGCUGAGGAUUAUUACGACGAAGAAAAUUCUGAGGAUGAGAAUGACGAAGGGAACUUUUCUAGAGGUGCAAAGAUUGCCGGAGGUAUUAUUGGUGCCUUAAUAGCGAUUGGAGCCGCUGGUACAGGCUACCACUUCACAUCUAAACGAAAGGCGGAAGUGAUUGAAUUGGACGAGAUUGAUUUUGACUAUGCUCAGGUUGGGGAUUGUGAAGAGGUGGAAACGGCGGUUUUGAUCACGGAGGAUGUUUGGGAGAAUGAGGCUUAG